UCUGGUCCCGACCAGCUCUCUUGCCUUCGGGAACAGGUUCCCCGCCAGCUGUCCCACACCACCCAGAGAUGUGCUCCGCAGGCAGGAGAAUGGGAACACAGUGUCCUGGGAGGGAGAGGUGCGAGAACCCCCUUCCCCGCCCGAGCGUUCCAGGGGACACCCAUCCGAGCGGCCGUGUAAUGGCAAAGGAAGAGCUCGCUCCAGCUGCGCUCCGGAGCCCAAGCCAGGGCUCCGCGGCUCCGCUGGGCCAUCCUGCAUGCCUAAUCCGCUAUUUAAGGAGCUGCUCGCCUGCAGCCCAGGCACCACCCCCUCCUCACGUACACCGGUUCCGAGCCACCUUAAAAGCGGGAGGCAACUGUGAAGUUGCUGACCAGCAAGUGGUGUAGGGAGAACGGAGGGACAGACAGAAGGGCAGAGAGAGGGAGAGAGUGGAAGAAAUUUACCCUGGCAUCCAGAAGCUCCUGCCAACCUGUGGGAAAUCAAAGCCCUGGAAACCUGAAGAGAGAGAGACAAGAAGAAAAGAAAUAGAACGCCAGAAACUUCUCUCUCCCACCCUACCCCUCUCUUCUAGCCCCCAAAUUCCUGGCCCCCCUGUGCCCCAUUUGUGGAUAAUAUGUUGUUCUUCGCUCUCCUGUUAAAGGUGACUUGGAUCCUGGCUGCAAAUGGGGGUCACCACUGGACAUAUGAAGGCCCACAUGGCCAGGAGCAUUGGCCAACCUCUUACCCCGAGUGUGGAGGCAAUGCCCAGUCCCCCGUCGAUAUCCAGACAGACAGUGUGGUAUUUGAUCCUGACCUGCCUGCUGUACAGCCCCACGGAUAUGAGCAGCCUGGUACUGAGCCUUUGGAUCUACGAAACAAUGGCCAUACAGUGCAGCUCUCCCUGCCCCCAAGCCUGCACCUGGGCGGACUGCCCCGAAAGUAUACAGCAGCCCAGCUCCACCUGCACUGGGGUCAGAAAGGAUCCCGAGAGGGAUCAGAGCACCAGAUCGACGGCGAAGCCACGGCUGCAGAGCUCCACGUGGUCCAUUAUGACUCGGAGUCCUAUGGCAGCUUGGCUGAGGCUGCUCAGGAGCCGCAGGGCCUGGCUGUCCUGGGCAUCCUGAUUGAGGUGGGCGAGAGCGAGAAUCCAGCUUAUGACCACAUUCUGAGUCACCUGCAUGAAAUAAGAUACAAAGAUCAGACGACCUCAGUGGCCCCCUUCAAUGUGAGAGAGCUGCUCCCUGGGCAGCUGGAGCAGUUCUUCCGCUACAAUGGCUCGCUCACGACUCCCCCCUGCUACCAGAGUGUACUCUGGACAGUCUUCAGCAGAAGGGCCCAGAUUUCAGUGGGACAGUUGGAGAAGCUCCAGGGGACAUUGCUCUCUACAGAAGAGGAGCCAUCUGAGGCUCUUGCACAGAACUACAGAGUCCCCCAGCCUCUCAACCAGAGGACCAUCUUUGUUUCCUUCAUUCAAGUGGGAUCACUGUCCACCACAGGAGAGAUGCUGGGUCUCGGUGUGGGAAUCUUGGCUGGAUGUCUCUGCCUUCUGCUGGCUGCUUAUUUCAUCGCUCGAAAAAUUAGGAAGAAGAGGCUGGGAAACAGAAAAAGUGUGGUCUUCACCUCAGCACGGGCUACCACGGAGGCAUAAACUUUGUCUCAA